UCCGAAUGCAUCAAUCAGAGUGAGAGUGUGUGCAUGCUAGGCUCAAAGGCACAAAACCCCAACACAAACACUGCAUUCACCACCAAGUUACAACUGACUUAAUAGUGGGUGGUGGUGCAUGGCCGUUUUUAGUGGGUGGAGCGAUUUGUCUGUUAAUUUCGAUAUAGGAGGAGACUCCGACAUGCUAACUAGUUACUUCACUGGGGUGGCUGUAGCUCAGGAGGUAGAACCAGUAGAGGUGUUAUACUGACCGGGAGGUUGGUGGUUCGAUCCCUGGCUCCUCCUGCGUGCAUGCCAAAUAUCCUUGGGCAAGAUACUGACCCCAAGUUGCUCUUGACCCUCGUCUACCUCCCUGGAACAUGAUGUGCUGUUUGGGCCCAUUGAGACAAACCUGUGCCUCCUGACAGCCGUGCAUCCAUGUUUGAUGAGGAGAAGCUGCAGCUCAGUGCAGACAGGAGACAUUUCAUUUACAGAGGUCGAGCAGUGAUUUUUAAUGACGACACUUCAGCUUUAGGCGAAAAGUCAGAGCUAAAUCUAAAUUUUUGGUAAUUCAAUAAAUGUGAAUUGCUCUCAGCAUAUUAGAUUUACUUUUAUUUGUUAACCUAUUCAGAUUUCCAUGCUGGAGAUUUAUAAUGAAACUUUGAACGACCUGCUUGCUAAAAGCGGCGGAGCGGCGCUGGACAUCAGAGUCCUGGGAAAGUCCGUUUCAGUCCCAGGACUGACUCGGGUCGAGGUCCGGACGGAGGCUGACAUCCUCACCGUCAUGGAGAUGGGAGAAAAGAACCGGAAGAUCGCCUCGAUCAAGAUGAACAUCCAGAGCUCACGCUCUCACCUGGUGGUGGCGCUGGAGGUGGAAGGCUCAGAUGAGGUGUCCGGGCUAACGUCUUGCGGUAUGCUGACCUUGUGUGACCUCGCCGGAUCAGAGCGGAUUUCUAAGACGGAGGCCGAGGGUCAGAGACUGGUGGAGGCCGCUGCCAUCAAUAAAUCACUGACAGCGCUGGGACAGGUACACGCUCACCUGCUUUAUCUGCAGGAAGCCUCAAAUUGGAGCUUUCAUUCCAGGACAUGGAGAAGGCUGGGAGAAGGCAACGUGAUAAAAACUAGAGGCAGGGCAGAUGUAAUGUUGUAUUUGAGUGCUGUUCUUCUGUUUCUUAUCCAGGUGUUUAGCGCCCUGAAGUGCAACGCUAUCCACGUCCCAUUCAGGAACUCCAAACUCACCCACCUCCUGCAGCUGUGCCUCAGCGGAGACUCCAAGUGCUGCAUGUUCGUGAACGUGAGCCCGGACGCGAAGGACGCGGUGGAAACUGAGCAUGCUGCAGUUCGGCUCCACCAUAGGGCAGGUGGCGCUCGGCAAAGCGACACAGAACGUCGCGCCGGCGAAAAACAGAAACACCAAGUAGACAUUUCAGGCACGAGAAGUCUGUGAAUAUUUUGGGGGGACAAUAACAACAAUAAUAACAAUAACGAUGUGCAGUAAAACAUACACUCAUUCUUUUCAUUUAUUCAGUUCCUGUGUUGUGUUGUGCGUAGUGCCGACACGGGACAGUUUCCAGUUGUGUGGUACUGUUGUUCUAAGUAUGACUGUGCAAUAAAGAGUUCUCUUGUCUUAUCUUGAAUCCAGCUCAGUUACAAGUUACAAAAGAAAAUAAUUUUUACUCGAGUAAUAAAGUUCAUAUUCAAGAAAAUGCAUGUUUCAGCUUCAUUGCACGAGGCAGAGCAAUAAACGUUACGUUACAGCGGACAUCAUGACGUCCGCGUAUCCAGCUGUGGAGGACUCGUCUUUUAAACAUUUUCUUUUGUUUUUUUUAAUCUGUACUAAGUAGAGAUGGACAGGAAAUAGUUGGGAAAGACCACAGGCCACGGGUCGGACUCAAACCCGGGCCGCUGCGUUCCAGCUAUAUGGGAUGUGGUCACCA